AUGGCAUUUGAAAAGUUCAAUUCUCUCUCAUUUCUUCUACUAGCCAUUAUGGCUUCUGUUUUCACCCAACACGCUUUCGCAACAUCACUCGAUACCAGCUCUUUCUGCAAAUACUUGAAAGACAAGGACCUUUGCUCAACCAUGAUUGAUGGAGCAACAAAUUGGCACGAUGCCAUUGGAAACGCAAUUAAUGCUACAUUAUCCGUGGCUAAUGAACUUCAAUCAAAGAGUGGCUUCGUUGCAGCAUCAAUAGCUAAUUUGCCACCUUCGACCAAAGAAACAUGCAAGGAGUCUUUCCAGACGACGACUGAUAUGCUUCAUGAGGCACUGGACCACCUUGCAGCCGGUGACAAUGGAUCGUUGCAUACCAAAUUAAGUGCGGCAUUAGAUGUUGAGUGUGCUGAUGAACUUUCAAACCUUGGUGUUGCUUCACCUAUCUCCAAUAUGGUUGAAGAUCUUCAUAAAAAAGUGUCCGUCUGCUUGGCGAUAAUGACCCAAAAUGAGAACGUCACAGCAUAA